ACCAAGAGACCACUCAUUAUUUUGAACAUCUCCUCUGGAACCUCAUUAUGGAAGUCCCCAUUAAGUAUCCCUGGUACCGCUGGGGUUUUCCACAUCGCCUCGCUGACCUCUCCAUGGCUGAACCUCUCGCUGAUUGGCCACUUAUGUGGCCCUCUCCCUGGUCCUUCCCUUGGAGUCGCUCUUCGUUCUGGCGCUGGUUCAACUGGUCCGAGAAUGGUCACAGUGAGAUGCGUGUUGAAAAGGAUCGCUAUGUAAUUUAUGUGGAUGUGAAGCAUUUCUCACCUGAUGAUCUGGCAGUCAGUGUCAGUGAGGAGUUCAUCACAAUACAUGCCAAGCAUGAAGACAGACAGGACGACCACGGCUUUGUGUCCAGAGAGUUUCUGAGGAAGUACAGGCUUCCAACCGGGGCGACAGGUUCUGAGGUCACCUCCAGUCUGUCUGUUGAUGGCGUGCUCACCAUCACUGUACCCAGGUCACCUCCUGGCCCUGAGCGCACUAUUCCUAUUUCCUGUGAAGAUGGGACAGCCAAACAGAAAAUGUAGAGCAGGGGCUGACGCUAACUAACACUAACAAGUCCUGUCUGAUUUUACGUGUCAUCUGUUUUAG